GGUGGGAGAUUAGGAAAUGUUGGAUGGACAAGGAUGCAUGGCUGAGUCAAAUAGGAAUCAUAACUUAAUGAAGUGGUGAUUAAAGAGCUCAGCCAUGUGCUUCUUGUCAGUAACAACCACAUUAUCAACAUUAAGGGACAUGGGCAGCAAAAACAUGAAGUGCCCGCGGUACUCCAAGACCAGGGUUACCUACCCCUGCCAUGGACUGUGUAGGUCCGUACAUACUUCUGUAAACAAAUACAGCCCCAUCACCUGACGUAUGCUAUGCAAAAGCAGAUCAACACUCAUUAGUUCAUUGAGCUUUUACAUUAUAAACACUCAGGCUGUACAUUAUUGUCAAGCCUAUCAAACAUUAUUGUCUAGCCUAUCAAACAUUUUUGUCUAGCCUAUCAAACAUUAUUGUCUAGCCUAUCAAACAUUUUUGUCUAGCCUAUCAAACAUUAUUGUCUAGCCUAUCAAACAUUAUUGUCUAGCCUAUCAAACAUUAUUGUCUAGCCUAUCAAACAUUAUUGUCUAGCCUAUCAAACAUUAUUGUCUAGCCUAUCAAACAUUAUUGUCUAGCCUAUCAAACAUUAUUGUCUAGCCUAUCAAACAUUAUUGUCUAGCCUAUCAAACAUUAUUGUCUAGCCUAUCAAACAUUAUUGUCUAGCCUAUCAAACAUCAAAAUAUCUUGAGAAAUCUGUAAGCAAAAUGUUGAUGAAAACAUUUGUAAUGCUAAAGGAAAGUCUCGUGUUGGCAGGCUAUUCAAUGCCUGCCCUUCUUGGACCGAUGACCUCUCUUCUUGGUAGAAACAUGCAAGGUCAUCUGUACAUCAUUCAGCAAACUAAUACAGCCCAUCACCUGAUGUAUUGUAUGCUAAAUCAGAGGAAAGCAGCCUCAUGACUGUUGUCAUUAGUCCAUUAGGAGCUUUUUAAGUUAUGUACACUCAAAAAAAGGGUUCCAAAGGGGUUCUUUGGCUGUCCCCAUAGGAGAACCUGUUUUGGUUCCAGAUAGAACCCUUUUGGGUUCCAGGUAGAAUCUUCUGUGAAAAUAGUUUUACCUGGAACUUACAAGGGUUCUCCAAAAGGUUGUCCUAUGUGGAAAGCUGAAUAACCAUUUUAGAUAGCAGAUUGUUGAUGUAUGUAUAAUGCAUUUGAUACAAUGGUUGCGAUACAACUACUAGUUUUUCCAAAACAUGUAACACAAUAUUGGGUGGUAUCUAAGACUAAAUUUGUUUUUAAUUCUCUGCACAAAGGUCUCAAAAGAAGGAAUUCACCAGUUAACCUUACUCAAGAUGUGAUAUUAUUACCAGUCUGGGUGGAGGAGGCCACCACCAUCAACUCUAAAAUAUCUCUUAAAAGUUUGCCUCUACUCCAGUAAUAGGGAUAAUUAUUUAAGUACACAUGUAUGGGUGGUUUCCUGGACACAGAUUAAGGCUAGUCCUGGAAUAAAAAACAUUUUCAACAGAGAUUCUCUAUUAUUUAUUAGUCUAGGACUGUGCCCGGGAAACCAUCCCGUAGUGUAUUGGUGAAUGGAUGAUGAUUGUGUAAUGGUAAUGUACAUGAAGAUGUCUUAGUCUCUAGACUCAAACAAAAGUAAACAAACUUCAAUCAAACUUGCCCCCAUCUUGAUCUAUGCAAUAAUCUCCUCACUUACAGGUAUCUAAAUAGGAGAUGUACUUGUACUGCAGAAUAUUAACAAGAAAACACAUUGGCAAAUGUUGUAUUUUUCUUCUCCCCCAAGCAUCUCCAGGCAAGUCAUGUCAGGAUCUGUGAAUACCUAGACAGUGACUUCAGCUCACAGAACAGAUGUUGAAACCUGGUGUUACACGCUUGCAUGUUGUUCUUUUAAUAGCCCCUAAUCCUGUGGUUUCCUAUGUGUGUGUGUGUGUGUGUGUGGGGUGGGGGCAUGUGUCUGUGUCAUGCCUCCUAUCACUUUGUUCUGAUAAAACACAGACAUGAGCCUGUCAUGCUGGUGUGAGUAUAACAGCGGGAUGCAGGAGAGCACGGGUUAAGACAUAACAAGGUUGGGUCAUACAGCCAUUUGACUGUUCAAAUAUCUAUUUUUAUUGCUGACAAUGUAGAUAACUUUUCAAAUCCUUGUAUUUGUGUGUAAUCUCUGUAACAAUGAUUUAUAAGGCAUGUACUGCAGAGGAAACACGGGGAUGGUCCGAGGUGGUGUGUGUGUUAGCACUUUUGAAUGUAAAAACAGGCACCAAUAACGUCCUCUAGGUAUUUUGAGGUUCACAAAACUAGCCAGAGUAAAAUAAGAUCCCAUAUACUUAAUAGGUUACAUUACAAAAUAAUGAGUAAUUGCAGUGAAAGCUCAGUUAGAUUUAAUCACUGUAACCUGGGCCUAUAAAUCAAAAGCUGAAAAUAUAAUGUAUCCCAACACAAAAUUUGGCUUUUUUUUCUCCAUUUUUGAAAGGCCUACAUCUCAGUAGCACACACAUACACCAAAUCUGGUUUGGAUUGCGCAGAAACCUCCCCAGUUUUUUAUAUCCAAAGCUCCACCCCAAAACAAGUUUGCCAUGAACUCCCUCUAUGAGUCUUAAACUGCUAGUAUGAGAGGGAGAUGCAGAGUGAAACGGGAUCCUAUUCCAUUCACAAUUAAUUCAUUUAUGUGUUGGAAUAUGCAUUGCCAAAAUAUCAGGCAGGCGUUUCACACCUCAUAGCAGGUUAAUUAUUGUCUUGCGAUUCGACGCACAAAAGAGAUGGGCACUGGACGGCGACUUUCAUCAAUUUCAGUCAACUCAAUCCUGCGAAAUCCAGGUUAUUGCGCCCGGUUCGUUGUAAUUGCAGUUGUUUUUAUCCAGCUGUGCGCAACGUUUAACUUAGAAACAGAAAACCGGAUCGUCUACUCUGGACCUAAGGGAUCUUUUUUCGGUUAUUCCGUGGAUUUUUUCUACAAUAAUGCAUCUAGUUUCAGUAUUCUGAUUGGUGCUCCCAAAGCUAACACCAGCCAAACGAACAUCAUCGAAGGUGGAUCUGUGUACUUGUGUCCCUGGAGCCAGGACCAAUCGGAUUGCAGUGUUGUCAAUUUUGACAAUGAAGGGGAUCGCAGUUUCUACGUCAACGACGUUGACGUCCAGGUCGAGUUCAAGUCCCAUCAGUGGUUUGGGGCUACGGUGCGUUCCCAUGGCAACACUGUCCUGGCUUGUGCCCCAAGAUAUUACUGGAGAACGGAACACGAUGCCCCCUUCUCGGAUGCCACAGGAACCUGCUACCUCUCCGUGGACAACCUCAAGACAUUUGUGGAGUACGCCCCCUGUCGCACAGAGAGACAUGGUCCUGCAGGACAGGGCUACUGUCAGGGUGGGUUCAGUGCUGACUUCACCAAGGAUGGGAAGGUUGUUCUCGGAGGACCAGGAAGCUUUUACUGGCAAGGUCAACUAGUCUCAGCCACCACAGAGGAAAUCGUCAAGGCCUACUUCCCAUCCUACUUCCUGCUCUCUGUUACUGGGCAGAUCCAGACUCGGCAGGUGCAGGGGAGCUAUGACGACAGCUACCUCGGUUACUCUGUUGCCGGAGGGGAGUUCAGUGGAGAUGAUAUUGAAGACUUCAUCACCGGAGUUCCCAAAGGACAAAUGCUGCAUGGUUUAGUGUCAUUACUCAAUGGGACAGAUCUGAAAUCCAUGCUGAACCUAACUGGAGAACAGAUGGGUUCCUAUUUCGGCUACGCAGUGGCAGCCACCGACAUCAACAACGAUGGUCUGGAUGACCUGGUGGUGGGCGCUCCCAUGUUCAUGCAGAGGGGGUCUGAUGGACUGCGUUGGGAGGAGGUGGGCCGUGUCUAUGUGUACCUACAGCAGCGUCCCUUGUUGUUUGAGCCCAGCCUGCCCCCCUUGGGAGGUAGUCAGGCCUUCGGGAGGUUCGGAAGCUCCCUGGCCCCGCUGGGAGACCUCAACCAGGACGGCUUCAACGAUAUUGCAAUUGGCUGUCCCUUUGGAGGAGACGACCAACAGGGAUUGGUCCUCAUCUAUAACGGGCAUGCCAGUGGGCUGAAGAACACACCCACUCAGGCUCUAGCUGGCCAAUGGGCCUCUGGCACCUUUCCUGCCAGUUUUGGCUAUGCCCUCCGCGGAGAGAAAGAUCUGGACCAGAAUGGGUACCCAGAUCUCAUCGUAGGUGCUUUUGGGGCUGACAAGGCUGUUCUGUACAGGGCUCGGCCUAUUGUCAACGCCAGUGCUUCUCUUACUGUGCAACCUACCAUGAUCAACUCAGAGGAGAAGAGUUGUAUGGUGUCCAAUGGGAACAAGACUAUCUCUGUGUCUUGUGUCAACCUCAGUUUCUGCCUCUCGGCCAAUGGGAAGCACCUCCCUGCUGAUCUAGUUUUUAUGGUGGAGGUGCAGUUGGACCAUCUGGAGCAGAAACAGAGAGAGUCAUCAGUGAGGAGAACUCUGUUCUUAGAUAGCCAUCAGCCCAGCCUGCUGGAGACCAUCACCAUGGCCAACGGAGGACCAACGUGUCACGACACCCGCAUCUACCUGCGCAGUGAAGGGGAGUUUCGGGAUAAACUGUCCCCCAUUUACAUCACCCUCAACUUUAGCCUGGAUCCUCUCGCUCAACUGGACCUCCAUGGCCUAAAACCCAUUCUAAACUACCAGACAACACAUAUUAUAAAGCAGAAGGCCCAAAUUCAGCUGGACUGUGGGGAGGACAACAUCUGUGUUCCUGACCUCAAACUGGCCGUUUAUGGCGAUAGGACAGAGGUGUAUCUUGGCGACGAGAACUCCCUGACCCUGACCUUCAAUGCCAGGAACGAGGGAGAGGGCGGGGCCUACGAGGCAGAGCUUUACGUGGUACUGCCCGCGGAGGCUGACUACAGUGGUAUAGCCCGCAACAAUGCGAGUCUGACUCAGCUGACCUGUAGCUACGAGGCAGAGAAUCAGACCCGCUCUCUGGUCUGUGACCUGGGCAACCCUAUGAAGUCUGGAACAAGUUUGUGGGCAGGCCUCCGCUUCACUGUGCUUCGACUGAAGGACACUCACAAUACAGUACAGUUUGAGCUCCAGAUACGCAGUAAAAAUGAGAAUAAAUCCCAGAGUGAUGCUGAGCUCUUUAAUCUGGAGGUGGCUGUGGUUGCUGAUGUUAUCCUACAGGGCGUUUCUCGUCCGGACAAGCUCCUCUUCCCUCCCCCGAACUGGAGGAUGAGCCCCAGCCUACAAGAGGAGCAGGAUGUUGGGCCUGAGAUCCAGCAUGUGUACGAGUUGGUGAACAACGGGCCCAGUAUGAUCAGUCAGUCAGUGCUGGAGCUGCGCUGCCCUCUGAAAUCUCAGGGUCACGACCUUUUGUACCCUCUGGAGGUCAUCACUCAGGGACCACUCGACUGCAGCUCCAACCACACCCUCAAUGCACUGAAGCUCAAGCUCCAGCCUCCUACAACAGAGCAGCCACCCUCACCACUGACAGCCAGCCCUGAACACCACGUCCAGAGGAGAGAGGUCUACAGGGAUCCUCUGGAUGAACAAGGAAACCUGUCGUGUUCCACCGCUGAGUGCUGGAGGCUGCGCUGUCAUGUGGGGUUACUGGAGAGAGGAAGCAGUGUCAUUCUGACCGUCCGCUCACGCAUCUGGCCUGAGGCCUUCCUUGAGAGGGCAUACAAGCAGUAUGUGCUGGAGUGUUCUGUGGAGUACAGAGUCGAGAAGAUGCCCUAUUCCAUCGCUCCCAAACUCAAACCCAGUGGAUCCAAGAAGGUCCUGACUCCAGUGAUGUGGAACAAGCCAGACAGCCAGUACAUGGUACCACUGUGGAUCAUCAUUCUGGCCAUACUGGCUGGAUUGCUGCUGCUCGCCCUGGUCAUAUAUGUACUCUACAAGUUGGGCUUCUUCAAACGAUCCAAUCCUUAUGGUACGGCCAUGGAGAAAGCUCAACUCAAACCACAGGCUUCUUCUGAGGCCUAAACAAUGGACCAUCCCAGACGUCGUUUUGAAAACUGGAAAGGCAUUGCGUAGGACUUAACUCUAAACAAACCACAGAAUACUCAUGUAUGAAAGGAAGUCCAUCCAUAGGAUGAGUACCACUGGGACCUCAAUGGCAUUCAGCCUUCUACUGCACUGAAAUGCUGAAGCAGGCAAACCCACAAUGAGAUGUCUGGCCUGCAUUAUAAUAGAGCUAUCCUGAAAACGGGCAAAUUUUGCGUAUGGUUGCAUAGACAAUAAUGUCUUUAAAAUCCAGCUUUUUGCUUUGAUGUGGGGAAAUAUCCAUCAAAGUAGCAAGCCUGGCUGAGGCAAUGGAGCAGUUAUUCAAUUGUUUGAGUCACCAAAUGUGUCUUUACCUGUUACGGUUUUCUUCCAUCGAAGGAGAGUCGGACCAAAAUGCAGCGUGGUAAUUUACAUACAUGUUUAAUAAAGAAGACAAGCGAACAAUACAAAAACAACAAACGGAAUGU